UUACAAACAUAAAUGGAGUUCCGCGAAGGCCAAAAGAUACGCCCAGUUGCAAGCGGCGGCAAAGGACUAAAGGGUAUAGUGGCGGGCGGCAUUACGGGAGGUAUUGAAGUUAUGAUUACUUAUCCCACUGAGUUUGUGAAGACCCAACUGCAGCUGGAUGAGAAAGGCAAAGCUAAGAAGUAUACGGGAAUAGUGGACUGUGUGGCGAAAACUAUUAAAGAGCGCGGCUUCUUUGGCUUAUACCGUGGUCUAAGCGUCCUCCUCGUAGGCAGCAUUCCCAAGUGUGCCGUCAGGUUCGGCGGCUACGAGUUCUUCAGCCAUCUAUUGCAGAAUGACGAUGGCAGCAUACCAACAUCACGCCGAUUUCUGGCGGGCAUGUGUGCAGGCAUAUCCGAAGCAUUUUUGGCAGUGACCCCAAUGGAAACAGUUAAGGUGAAGUUUAUAAGCGACAUGCGCAGCGGCAAUCCGCAGUACAAGGGCCUAAUACAUGGCGUCGGAAGGAUUCUCAAGACAGAAGGUAUUGGCGGCCUGUACAAGGGCUUGCCGGCCACAGUUGUCAAACAGGGCUCUAAUCAGGCCAUACGAUUUGCUACGCUGUACUCCCUUAAGGAUUGGUACACCGGUAAAGAUCCGAUGGUUACAGUGCCAAAGCCACUGGUUGGCGCAUUUGGCGCUAUAGCCGGACUGGCCUCUGUGCUGGGGAACAAUCCAGUGGAUGUUGUCAAGACGCGCAUGCAGAGCAUUGAAGCGUCCAAAUACAAGGGCAGCUGGGAUUGCUUCUUUACAACUUUACGCGAGGAGGGUCCAUUCGCAUUCUAUAAAGGCACCUUACCACGCCUUAGUCGAGUUUGCAUCGACGUAGGCAUUACUUUUAUGCUUUACGAUACCAUUAUGGAUAUAUUUAAAAAAGUUUGGCGAUAAGAAGACGCAAUUCAAUUCCUUUAGGGCAAAGUUUAACACAACAGACAGCAUGCCUACCUCUUCGAGUUCCAGAAUCUGUUUGCGCAAGUUGUCCACCUUCUGAGCGCUGAUCAACUGCAAAUAGAUGGAUAAUGAUUUAGUGCC